AUGAAAAGAAAUAAAAAUGACGCUAUUAAAGCUGUGGUUACUUCUUACUUAGAACGCAGAAAUUAUCCAGACAUUGAUAUUUUUAAUAACAGUAAUUCUAUAAGCAAAAGUGCUGAAGAAAUGGCUGUAGCCACUAUUGUUCAGUGUGAAUCUAGCCGUGCUAAUUCAAUUUUAUUUUCUUGUAUAAAUAAUGACCCUGGGCAGUAUGAUAUCCAAUAUACUAGGUUAUUGAACUUUAUAAAAGAUAUAAAAAUUGAGAGGGUCAAAAAUGAACUCCUAGGAUUAUUAACACCACUUCUCUGUCAUUUGUACCUGGAAAUGUUGAGAGGGGGCCACAGUGGUCCAGCACAAAUGUUUCUAAAAAGACAUUCAGCAACUUUACCCCAAAAAGAUUUAUCAUAUCAUCAACCAAUUGAUGGGAACUUGCCAUCGGCUCUCUAUCGGCCAAAUAGUUUAGAACAACUGUUUAACUCUAUUCAAAAUGGCACUAUUGACAAUGAAACACCUGAAAAGGAUUACAUGAAUCAAUUGCUUGAUGAUAUUGGUUCAGUAUAUACCUUGCAAGAAAUUGAAUCAAGACCAACUAUUGCUGCAUUUAGAUCCUGCAAAUUUGAUAUUAACUUAUCACAAGAUGCGCUGAAUAUGCUUAAAGCCUAUUUAGCUAAACAUGGACAUGUCUUGUUAAUACAAGUUUUGCAGACAUGGUUUCACAUUGAUGUAAAUGGAGAGAAUAGCAAAAGUAAUGGGGAAGAUGAAGAAGAAGAUUCAAAGGAAAAAAUCAAGUUUGAACUCAAUAUUAUGGCUGAUAUUAAACCUGAUGUUUUCUCUACAUGCAAUGGACAUGCUGAAUAUCAAUCAGUGGAUAAAGAAUUACGAGACCUGCAGGAUGCUAUUAAAGGUGUUAGAGAAUCCUUGGCACCAUUGAAGUUGUACAAGAUAGCUGCUCCUGAUACUAAUUUAAUAUGUGCAAAAACUGACCAAUACUGCAAUGUGUUGUGUGGAGGAUUUGGCAAUUCCGAGAUAAGGCUUUGGGACCUUGGUCAGAAUAAUGCUAACAGAAGGAUGAAUCGAAAUAUUUCCGAAAUAGAACUUGCCUGCUGUGUUCCACCUGAACCAGAAGAUAUCACAGAUAAUACAAGGCAAAUAGGUACUGGAAUACCAUUAAGAGGUCACUCUGGACCAGUGCAAGCAGUCAGCAUUUUGUCAAGAGAAGAGCUAGUUCUCUCUGCCUCCCAUGAUAACACGAUGAGGGCUUGGAGAAUCUCGGACUACUCAUGUGCUUCUAUUUACAGAGGACACAACUAUCCGAUUUGGUGUUUGGACGUAUCGAAAAAUGGCCUGUUUAUUGUGACUGGAUCGCACGAUAGAACAGCGAAGUUGUGGUCCCUAGACAGGACGUUCCCCGUGAGAAUCUUCGUUGGGCAUAUGUCUGAUGUUACGUGUGUAAAAUUUCAUCCCAACGAAGCCUACAUAGCGACCGGGGGUGCGGACCGCACCGUACGUUUGUGGAGCGUUUGUGACGCGCGGCUUGUACGGGUGUUGUGCUCGCACCGCGGUCCCGUCCGAGCCCUUGCCUUUGCACCAACUGGGUCACAUUUAGCUAGCGCAGGUGAUGAUAAGAAAAUUAAAAUAUGGGAUUUAGCCGCAUGUUCAUGCAUACAUGAGUACCGAGGGCAUUAUGGAAAAAUUACUGCAUUGGACUGGUCAGCAGUUGGAAAGCCCAACUUGACAAAUAGAGUAUCAUCAGAAUUAAGUGAUAUAAACGCAGAUAAUUCUAUAUUGUGCUCUGCUGGCAUGGAUGGUGUCGUUAAAGUUGUGUGGGACAGUCAAUUAAAAAACAAACAGGUAUCUAGUCAAGAUAACUCUACAUCUACAUAUAACACCAAAUGUGCAUAUCUUGUUGAUAUCCAAGUCCAUCCAGACUGGAUGGUAGCUAUUGGGACUAAAAAGUGA